UACUUCAUUGAAGUGUCCACAAAUGAAGAUGGUGAAUCUCAGCCAGAUCCACCAACAUUCACUUGGGAGCACCUGGCCUCAGAUGGUGGUCUUGCUUCUAUCCGUGUAUAUUGGAUACCAAACACUGAUGGGGAACCUGGCUCUCACUUCUUCAUUCAGUACAGGAAACGUGGGGAGAGCAUAUAUCUGGAAACAGAAAAGGAGUACUAUGAAGAUUUCAUAGACAUGAAAGGACUGGAUCCAGGGGAAGUGUAUGAGAUUCGAGUUGUUUCUGUUGAUGGCAAGUCCUUUGCCUUCAGUGACCCUGAAGAAGUUCGCACUUGGAGCAAUGAUGAAACUUUGUACGUGCGAGCCUAUGACAACGUUGCUACAGCUGGUUGGUUUGUGGGUAUGAUGGUGGCUAUUGCUUUCCUCAUCCUCAUCCUCAUCAUUGUGUGCAUCAUCAAGAGGAAUCGUGGCGGAAAGUAUGAUGUCUACCAUCAAGAAUUGGUUCGUGGCAAACAUUUGGACUACCCAGAAGAUGCUGGCUUUCAUGAGUAUUCUCGACCGCUUGAGGAGAAGGGAAGCCAUGGGUCAUUGAGUAGCAGUGCCAAGGGGCCCAUUGAAAGUGAUACUGAUUCCAUGGCUGAGUAUGGUGAGGGAGGAGAAACUGGUAAG